GUCUAUGACCUUCUCCCAAAGGAGCUGCAGUUACCACCUUCCAGAGAAACAUCUGUAGCAUCCAUGAGCCAAACAAGUGGUGGCGAGGCAGGUUCGCCGCCUCCAGCUGUAGUUGCUGCUGAUGCUUCUUCAGCUCCUUCCUCUUCCUCCAUGGGCGGUGCUUGCAGCUCCUUUACCACCUCUUCCAGUCCUACCAUUUACUCUACCUCAGUCACCGACAGCAAGGCUAUGCAAGUGGAGAGCUGCUCCUCAGCCGUGGGGGUAAGUACCCGAGGGGUAAGUGACAAGCAGUUAACCAGUAACGCAGCCCAGCAGCAGCAGUCAACGCCGAAGAGACACACAGUCCUGUACAUCUCGCCACCACCCGAGGACUUGCUGGACAACAGUCGGAUGUCCUGCCAGGAUGAGGGCUGUGGAUUGGAGUCAGAGCAGAGCUGCAGUAUGUGGAUGGAGGAUUCACCCUCCAACUUCAGUAACAUGAGUACCAGUUCCUACAAUGAUAACACUGAGGUGCCACGUAAAUCACGCAAACGAAACCCAAAGCAGAGGCCAGGGAUCAAACGUCGAGAUUGUGAAGAGUCCAACAUGGAUAUAUUUGAUGCCGACAGUGCCAAAGCGCCUCACUAUGUCCUUUAUCAGCUCAGCACGGACAGCAAAGGCAACUCAAAAGCAGGAAAUGGAGCAUCAGAGAACCAGAAGGGAGCUGGAGGGAAGAAGACCCCAAUGUUGUGUGGUCAGUACCCGACUAAGAGUGAGGGGAAGGAGCUGAAGAUCGUGCUGCAGCCUGAGACCCAGCACAGGGCCCGGUACCUGACCGAGGGCAGCCGCGGCUCGGUGAAGGACCGCACCCAGCAGGGCUUCCCCACCGUGAAGCUGGAGGGACACAACGAGCCCGUGGUGCUGCAGGUCUUCGUGGGGAACGACUCCGGGCGGGUGAAGCCCCAUGGGUUCUACCAGGCCUGCAGAGUCACUGGGAGGAACACCACGCCUUGCAAGGAGGUGGAUAUCGAGGGGACCACUGUUAUUGAGGUCGGGCUGGAGCCCAGCAACAACAUGACGCUUGCGGUUGAUUGUGUGGGAAUACUGAAGCUGAGAAACGCUGAUGUGGAAGCUAGGAUAGGGAUUGCUGGCUCCAAGAAGAAAAGCACACGUGCCAGGCUGGUGUUCCGUGUUAACAUCACCCGCAAGGAUGGCUCGACUUUGACUCUUCAGACACCUUCUUCCCCAAUUUUGUGCACUCAACCAGCGGGAGUCCCAGAGAUCCUAAAGAAAAGUCUGCACAGUUGUUCAGUGAAGGGUGAAGAGGAGGUUUUUCUGAUUGGCAAGAACUUUCUAAAGGGAACAAAAGUGAUUUUCCAAGAGAAUGUUUCCGAUGAGAAUUCUUGGAAGGCAGAAGCUGAAAUAGACAUGGAAUUAUUUCAUCAGAAUCACCUUAUUGUGAAGGUGCCACCAUAUCAUGACCAGCAAAUAACCUCAGCUGUUUCUGUGGGAAUUUAUGUGGUGACCAAUGCUGGAAGAUCACACGAUGUGCAACCAUUUACAUACACUCCAGAUACAUCUGGUACUCUGAAUGUUAAUGUGAAGAAGGAAAUCUCCAGCCCAGCCCAACAUUGUUCUUUUGAAGAGGCUAUAAAAGCAGUGAAGGCCACUGGCUGUAACCUGGAGAAGGUGAACAUUCUUCCUAGUGCCUUGAUAACUCCACUCAUGCCAAGCAGUAUGAUCAAGAGUGAAGAUGUGGCUCCAAUGGAAGUAAGUGCAGAAAAAAGAUCUCCCUCUGUCUUCAAGGCUUCUAACGUGGUUGGACCAACUCAGCAAACAUUGGAAAACAGUAUGUCUGGCAUAUCAACUUCUGCUUCCCAUUUACCUUCUGAAAAUGAAAACCAGCAGCAAAUACCACCGAAGGUGUAUAACCCAGAGACACUAACUACGAUCCAAACACAGGACAUUUCCCAGCCUGGCAGCUUUUCAGCAGUCUCAACUCCAGGUCAGCUCCAAAACAGUGAUGCAUUACUGCAACAAGCUGCACAGUUCCAGACGAGAGAGUCCCAAACCAGGGAGGUCUUGCAGUCAGAUGGCACAGUGGUCACGCUGUCGCAGUUAACCGAAGCAUCGCAGCCACAGCAGCCUGCACUCCCAGAACCAGCACAGGCAUUGCAGCAGCAGAUUUCAUCCAGCAUUUUCUCAUCGGCGAGUGGCGUGAAUCAGUUACAGAACACUAUACAGCAACUGCAGGCUGGGAAUUUUCCAACAAACACUGCCACUGGCAGCAACAGGAAUGUUGACUUGGUGCAACAGGUCUUGGAAGCUCAACAGCAGUUGUCUUCUGUUUUAUUUUCUGGUUCAGACAGCAGCGAGGAUGUUCAAGAUCAGCUCAAUGCAGAUCUCUUCCAGCAAGUUAGCCAGAUACAAAACAGUGUGAAUCCUGGGAUAUUUUCCUCAUCGGACACAGCUGUCCAUUCCAGACCAGAGAACCUUCUACCGGGACGAGCUGAAAACGUUCACUCACAGCCUGAAAAUGCACUGUCCAAUCAACAGCAACAACAGCAGCAGCAGCAGCAGCAGGCGAUGGAGACUUCUGCAGCAAUGGUGAUAGGAAUGCAGCAAAACAUUUGCCAGGCUGCAACGCAGAUGCAGUCUGAUUUGUUCUCUUCAACAAGCUCGGGGAACGGAGCGCUCCAGCAGUCACCUGUUUAUCAGCAGGCUUCUCACAUGAUGAGUGGGUUAUCAACAAACGAAGACAUGCAGAUGCAGUGUGAAUUAUUCUCUUCAUCUCCUGGCGUUUCUGGAGGUGAGACUACUCCCACGGCUCAGCAGCAGGUCUCCAACAAUGGACCCGCUAUGUUUCAGGCAUCAAAUUCUGCAGAUGGAGAAGAAGCUUCAGGACAGAGUAAACAGAUGCAAAGUACUGUGUUUCAGACAAUGGUUCAAAUGCAGCAUAGUGGAGAAAGUCAAUCUCAAGUGAAUCUCUUCUCAUCUACCAAGAACAUGAUGACUGUCCAGGCAAGUGGAACUCAACAGCAAGGAGGUGGUCUGUUCCAGCAGGGUGGAGAAAUCAUGUCCAUUCAGUCGGGAAGCUUUAUGCAGCAGUCUCCACAUUCACAGGCUCAGCUUUUUCACUCUCAGAAUCCUAUCGGUGACACUCAGAAUAUAUCACAGGAAACACAAGGCUCUAUUUUCCACAGUCCAAAUUCCAUUGUCCACAACCAGACCAGUACUAAUUCCUCAGACCAACUGCAGCCUCCCAUGUUCCACUCACAGAACGCCAUGGGUGUUUUACAGAGCUCCUCAGUUCCUCAAGACCAGCAGUCUGCCAACAUGUUCCUCUCCCAGAGCUCUAUGAGCAACCCUGCAACGCAGGAAGAACAGAUGUCAUUCUUUACAAGCCCAAAUUCCAUUUCUCCUCUUCAGACAGCGACAAACACUGAACAGCAGACUUCUUUCCAACAGCAGACACAGAUCCCUCAUAUCCAGAGUUCUAUGCUUCCCCAGGAACAGCCCCAGACUCAGCCUGCUCAGCAAGGUUUGUUUCAGUCUCAAGUGUCGUUGGGCUCCAUCCAGUCCAGCUCAAUUCCCCAGAACCAACAAGGAGCGAUCUUCCAGCCUCAGCAUUCAAUAGUUGCUAUCCAGAGCAGUCCUCCAUCUCAAGAGCAGCAGCAGCAGCAACAGCAGAACAUGAUGUUCAGUAAUCAGAAUGCCAUGAGUACAAUUGCUUCUCAGAAGCAGAACAUGAUUUUCAGUCCAAACCAAAACCCAGUUACCAAUCAGGAGCAACAAGGCCAGUCUAUUUUUCAUCCACAGACUAACAUGGCAUCAAUGAACCAGGAGCAGCAGCCCAUGCAAUUCCAGAGUCAGACCACGGUGUCUUCUCUCCAGAAUCCUGGAUCCAGCCAGGCUGAAGCACAGCAGCCAGCCAUCUUCCAUAACUCACCCCAGAUUCAGUUGGUCCAAGGGUCACCGAGUUCUCAAGAGCAACAAGUCACCCUCUUCAUCUCUUCAGCUUCCAUGUCUGCCCUGCAGAACAGUAUGAGCCAGCAAGAGCUGCAGCAGUCUCCUAUGUACUCUUCCCAAAGCAGCAUGGCCGGAAUGCAGGGAACUGCUUCUCCUCCACAGCAGCAAGCUUCUUUAUUUCACAACACAGCGGGAGGUGCCAUCAACCAGCUGCAGAACUCUCCUGCUUCAUCUCAGCAAACAUCAGGAAUAUUCCUGUUUGGCAUUCAGAACAACUGUGGCCAGCUGCUAACAUCUGGACCAGCUACGCUGCCGGACGAGCUGAUGGCCAUAAGUCAGCCAGGACAGCCCCAGGGCGAAGGGCAGGCGGCGGUGCCGGCGCUCCUCUCCCAGCAGAUACCCGAGACUCCCCCACUGCCCUCAGCUAUGGCAACCAACCAGAAUAUCAAGAAAAUAGAUGAUCUGCUCGUGUCAUUGCAAAACCAGGGGAACAACAUGGCUGGCUCGUUUUAGUUAGUCAAAAGUUCUGUGAAGAAAAAAGUGAUGAUUUCCCAGAUCCUCUCAGACCUUCCGACUCUG